AUGCCCUACGCGUCGAAGAAGAAGAGGAAGAAGCCGUGUACAAAAAGGGGCGGAGGGGGUGCCUGGCUCCAGAACCACCCGGUUGGAGAGCACGCCGUCGAUGACCACGGCGCCCCCCUGGACUUCGAUGCCCACUUCGACGGGCUGGAGUACUUCGACGUCCGCGGCUUCGACUUUGGGGCGGUAGCGAAGUCCGUCAACAAACUGGAAGCUGAUUGGAACAACGACCCAUCCGAGUCAGGCACCUUCUACACGCACUCGGGCACCAAGGGUUUGUCCUCUCAGAGCAGGGGCCCUCCUGGUGGAGCUGCCUCGGCACUUGACAACGACGGCCUGCGUCCACUCAAGACCGCGAUCGAGGGGGCGGGAGGGCGCCUGGGCAACUAUAGAUUCAUGCCCGGGGAUGGUUCCCGCGUGCAAGACUCCCAUUCCGACGGCGGUAAAGCCGCGGUAUCGCGCCUCUUGAUGACCGCUCACGUGCGUCCCGGCCAGGAGAGUUCUUCACUCAACUUCCAUCUGCGAGAAAAUCCCGCCGAACACCCCCGAAAAGCCUCCUUGGUGCUGGACAAGAAAACUGGCAGGGCGGCGACACGAAGGUUUCCCAAGCGGCACGCAACGUGCGUCAUCGGGGACGGCGUCGCGUUCGGGCGCGCAAGCGGCAUGGUCCACGAGGUGGUGGCCGCUCCGGCAGCUCCGGGUGGGAGAUCGGCGGGAACCCUCACCAUUUUGGUCGACAUCACCUGGCCGGAGGGCGCGACUCGGGAGCAGAGGCUCCAGAGGCAGAAGGAUCUUGCACGGCGGCUCGCUGCCGUCGGAGACGUUGACCCAGCCUCGCCCCAGUAUGCCACUGGUCUCCACAUCCCCAGAAAAGAAGAAGUCAACCCCGCCAACCUCUCCGCCACCAACACCGCCUACAACACUUGCGUGGUACAGCUGGCCGACGGGACCACGACUACGAACGCAUCCCUGAACGGCGAGAACGCCAUCAAGAAAAGAAAGGAAGACAAUGAAAAGUUCACGGACGACUGCUCCCGGGGAGGCGAGAACGCCAUCAAGAAAAGAAAGGAAGACAAUGAAAAGUUCACGGACGACUGCUCCCGGGGAGCGUGC